AUUCUGCAUCAUAGAAUAUAUCACUUAACUGCAUUGGUUACCCAGUAAGCUAGCGCGGGUCAAAGUUUCUUUAAAAUAAUACGACGUCAGUAUUAUUUUUGUACACUUUAUGUAACAGAACAUAAGAUCUAUAAUGCAAUAGCAUAAUGAACGUGAAUGAAUAAUUUCAAGAUUUAUUUAAUUUCAAAGCGAUAACAUAUCAUUUUUAGUCAGUACGAUCUCUUGCCAUUGUCCGUGAAUACUCAAAAUAGAUUUGUAAAGAAUAAAUCAUGAUCUUCUUAAAAGGAAAUAGAAUUAUUAACAUCAAAAUGAAGCCAAUAUUUACAGCAAUGGCAGCAUUCUCGACCAAAGUUUCCCUCAACGAAGUAGUAAUUGCAUCAGCAGUUAGAACUCCUAUGGGUUCUUUCCGAGGGAGCUUAUCUAGUUUAUCAGCAUCAGAAUUAGGCGCUGUCGCUGUUAACGCGGCAAUCGAAAGAGCCGGUAUUCCUAAAGAAGAAAUAAAAGAGGUCUACAUUGGCAAUGUUUGUUCUGCAAAUUUGGGCCAAGCACCUGCAAGACAAGCUGUAAUAUUUGCAGGUUUGCCAAAAAGUACCAUAUGUACAACUGUAAACAAAGUAUGUGCCUCUGGCAUGAAAUCUAUAAUGUUGGCAGCACAAGGUCUACAAACUGGAGCCCAAGAUAUAAUACUUGCUGGUGGGAUGGAAUCUAUGUCAAAUGUACCUUUUUAUUUGAAGAGAGGUGAAACUUCAUAUGGAGGAAUGCAGUUAGUUGAUGGAAUAGUGUUUGAUGGGCUCACAGAUGUGUACAACAAAUUUCACAUGGGAAAUUGUGCUGAAAACACAGCAAAAAAAUUACAAAUUACUAGACAAGAUCAAGAUGAAUAUGCUGUCAAUAGUUACAAGAGAAGUGCAGCUGCUUAUGAAGCUAAAGCUUUUGUUGAUGAACUUGUACCAGUACCCGUUCCACAGAAAAGAGGGGCUCCUGUAAUAUUUGCUGAAGAUGAAGAGUAUAAAAGAGUUAAUUUUGAAAAGUUUACAAAAUUGUCUACGGUAUUCCAAAAGGAAAAUGGCACUGUUACUGCAGGCAAUGCUUCAACAUUAAAUGAUGGAGCUGCAGCUUUAGUGUUAAUGACGGCUGAUGCCGCUAAAAGAUUAAAUGUCAAGCCGAUUGCCCGAAUUGUUGGAUUUGCUGAUGGGGAAUGUGAUCCCAUUGACUUCCCAAUAGCACCAGCGGUUGCCAUUCCUAAAUUAUUAGAGAAGACUGGUGUCAGGAAGGAAGAUGUUGCAUUGUGGGAGAUAAAUGAAGCUUUCAGUGUUGUUGCUGUUGCAAAUCAAAAAUUAUUAGGAUUAGAUCCAUCAAAAAUUAAUGUACAUGGUGGAGCUGUCAGUUUGGGUCAUCCAAUUGGUAUGUCUGGAGCUCGCAUUGUUGUACAUCUGUGCCAUGCUUUAAAAAAAGGAGAAAAGGGAGUUGCUUCAAUUUGUAAUGGUGGAGGUGGUGCAUCAUCUGUAAUGAUUGAAAAAAUGUAAGUCGAUAACAUAAAAUGUAAAGUAUAGUCAUUGCUGUGCCUUCUUAGUACACUGUUUCAAAUAUGUUUUUGUUAAUGUAGGUAUAAGAUAAAAGAACUUUUUAUAAAUUGUUAAUAAAUUAAAAUUAAAUAUUUGAAAAUGGAUCAAUGUAUGGAAUCAAAAUAAAUUAUAUACUUUUUA